ACUGCCAUGGGCCUAUGCAUUUUAUUUAAAUUUAUUACAAAAUAGUGUAAUAAUAUAAAAUCUUCCUCAACCUUUUGAAUAAUUAUAACAAGUUUACACCCUUCUGAAACAGACGACCAUAAUACAAGUUUAUAAUAUGGAGGGAAAACCUGCGAAAAUGCCCAAAGUGGCUAAGGUCAAAAACAAAGCUCCAGCAGAAAUACAAAUUACUGCAGAACAGCUUCUACGUGAAGCCAAAGAACGAGAUUUGGAAAUAUUGCCACCACCACCAAAACAGAAAAUCUCUGAUCCAGAAGAACUUAGAGAUUAUCAGCACCGCAAAAGAAAAGCAUUUGAAGACAAUAUAAGGAAAAAUAGAUUGGUAAUAGGAAAUUGGCUUAAAUAUGCUCAAUGGGAAGAGUCACAAAAGCAGGUGCAAAGAGCCCGUUCCAUAUAUGAAAGGGCCCUGGAUGUGGAUCACAGAAAUGUUACCCUAUGGCUGAAAUAUACAGAAAUGGAAAUGCGCAACCGACAAGUGAAUCACGCUAGGAACCUCUGGGACAGAGCGGUGACUAUACUACCAAGAGUGUCCCAGUUCUGGUACAAGUAUACUUACAUGGAGGAAAUGUUGGAAAAUGUUGCUGGUGCCCGACAGGUUUUUGAAAGAUGGAUGGAAUGGCAGCCAGAUGAACAAGCAUGGCAGACUUAUAUCAACUUUGAACUCAGAUACAAAGAACUGGAUAGAGCCAGACAAAUCUACGAAAGAUUUGUAAUGGUGCACCCAGAUGUAAAACAUUGGAUAAAGUAUGCAAAGUUUGAGGAAAAUCAUGGAUUUAUCAACAGUGCCAGAAAAGUUUAUGAAAGAGCUGUUGAAUUUUAUGGAGAUGAGGAAUUAGACGAAAAACUGUUUAUUGCUUUUGCAAAAUUUGAGGAAAAUCAAAAGGAACAUGAUAGAGCUAGAGUUAUAUACAAGUAUGCCUUGGAUCACAUCUCAAAAGACAGGAACAAGGAAAUUUAUAAAGCUUACACAAUACACGAGAAGAAAUAUGGUGACAGAUCAGGAAUUGAAGAUGUUAUAGUCAACAAAAGGAAACAUAUGUAUGAACAGGAGGUUGUUGAGAACCCGACUAAUUAUGAUGCGUGGUUUGACUACAUCAGACUUGUUGAAAAUGAAGGUAAUGUUGAUGAUAUCAGAGACACAUACGAGAGAGCUAUUGCAAAUGUUCCACCAUCUAAGGACAAGCAGUUUUGGAGGAGAUACAUCUAUUUAUGGAUUAACUAUGCUCUGUAUGAAGAAUUAGAGGCGGAAGAUAUAGAAAGGGCUAGGCAGGUUUAUAAGACAUGUCUUCAGCUGCUCCCACAUAAAGUCUUUACUUUCUCUAAAAUAUGGUUGAUGUAUGCCCAAUUGGAAGUGAGAUGUAAAAAUUUAUCAGUAGCCAGAAAAACACUGGGCAUGGCUUUGGGUAUUUGUCCCAGAGAUAAGUUGUACAGAGGCUACAUUGAUUUAGAAAUUCAGCUUAGAGAAUUCGAUAGAUGUAGGAUACUUUAUCAAAAGUUUUUAGAGUAUGGCCCAGAAAACUGUGUGACAUGGAUCAAGUUUGCAGAGUUGGAGACGUUGUUGGGCGACAUAGAUCGAGCGAGGGCGAUAUAUGAGAUAGCUGUAGGCCAACCCAGACUUGACAUGCCUGAAUUGCUGUGGAAGAGCUACAUCGAUUUUGAAGUAUCCCAGGGAGAAACUGAUAAGGCGAGACAGCUUUACGAGAGAUUGUUGGAGAGAACGGUACAUGUAAAGGUCUGGUUGUCCUAUGCCAAGUUCGAAUUGAAUGCGGAAAAUCCUGACAACAUAAAUGUCGAGCUGGCCCGGCGUGUUUAUGAACGCGCUAACGAUAGCCUAAGAAGCGCCGGAGAGAAGGAAGCGAGAGUGCUCCUAUUAGAAGCUUGGAAAGAUUUUGAGACUGAAAUAGGAAAUGAAGUUAAGUUAGAGAAAGUCUUGGCCAAAAUGCCUCGAAGAGUUAAAAAGCGCCAAAAGAUUGUCAGCGAAGAUGGCGUCGAAGAGGGUUGGGAAGAGGUAUUCGAUUAUAUCUUCCCCGAAGAUGAGAUGGUUAGGCCCAAUCUUAAACUUUUGGCUGCUGCUAAAAACUGGCGCAAGCGGCAAGAAAAAUCUGAUGAUACAGUUUCGACCAAUCAAGAAGGUACAGAAACAGAACCUGGUAAUGACAAAGAGUCGGGUAACGAUAAAUCUGGUGAGAAUAAAGAAGCUAGUAAUCAAGAUAGUGAUGAUAGAGAUUCUGACAGUGAUGAUUCCUCUGAUAAUGAUGCCAGAACUCCACCUAUGAAUAGUGAAAAAUAAGUGCAUAAUUAAAAUUAAUAAAUUUUUUAAA